AUGCGGCGCAUCCUCCUGCUCGCCGCGCUAGUCGCCGCGCGGCGGAGGCCGCCCGCAAUACGCACAACAACUUGGAAGCGACCGAAGAGAGGCGGCGCCACCGCGAACCUCCUGCAAGUCUUGGCGAGGUGGUUCGCCUGCCAGCGCCAAUUGAGAGGAGGCGAGGGCGGCGCUUUACAAAUCGUCGGCGGGAGCGGCUUGUUUGGCAGACGCGUCUACCGCUACCACACGCCUGAAAGCCAGCACCUCGCGGAGCACGCCAGACGAGAAGCUCGAUUGCUGGCGGACGCCUUGCACAGCGACGAAUUAACGGAAGCCGACGAGUGGGAGCGCGCGCUGCCCCAGAUCACGACUGCUUUGUUAGAUCAUGCGCCUAAAAUUAGUUCAGCACACCAGCAGUUAUUAACUUAUGCCUUGCGGGAUGCUCUACUGAAACGCAUCGCGCGGAACCCGGAGCUUGGUUUGAGAUGCUGCUGGCUCUUGCAAGAUGCCCUCUUGGACGAAAAAGCACAAACGAGUGCGUUUGGCGACGGUUUAUUUAGAGCAGCCUGGGCCGCGUCGCAACAAAGCGAGUCGUGCGGCGAGACGGCGGCGUUCGUUGGCGCUUUAGUUAGGUUAUCGGAACGCUUAGCAAAGGUAGAACGUACAAAACGGCGGCAGCCGGAGCGGCUGUGGCCGUUAUUACACGCGCUGAACGACUGGCUGGCGCCGCGAGCGUUGCAAGGCGGCGUCGCCGUCCCAUUGCUACCGGCGUCGUCGAAAGCCUCACUGCGAGUUUUACGGCUCGACGUCGAGCGGUGUCGCGUCAUGCCGUCACGCGCGAGAGCACCGACACUGCUAUACUGCGAGGCUCUAUGUGACGACGACGAGGCGUCGCUCAACCUCGACGCGGAAGCGCGGCGCUGGGCUAACGUCGUAGCGCCACCGUCCACGCCUCCGUUCGACGUCGUCGAGAGCUUCGGCAACACGCCCUCUCGUUCAGCCUUCGAAGCGGCGCGUCGAGCAGAACUUUUGCGGCGAGUCUUCCCCGACGGCGCCUGGGAAACGUUCGAGGAACGGUGCAAAGCUCAAUCUCCCUAUGGAAGGACUCCUGGGUGGAGAUUAGCCUCGUUUCUGGUGAAAGCGGACGACGAACUGAGGAGGGAAGGCCUCGCGAUGCAAAUCGUGGAUAACUUACGAAGGACUUUCGACAAGCAUGGGGUCGACGCGUGGCUGCGGCCGUACGGUAUCACGUGCUGUGGCGCUCGUGCUGGACUAGUAGAAACCAUGUCCGACUGCCAUUCGAUCGAUCAUAUAAAGCAGGCCAUGACGGGCCUGGAUCUCGAGCCGGACCUCGCGACGUAUUUUGAUAUUGUGUAUGGUCCUUACGACGAUCGGCAACCAGUUGGUGGUACGUCGCGGAAGGAGGCGUCCUUGAACUUCGCUCGUUCUUUAGCCGGUGCUUCGUUGUUGUGCUACGCGUUGGAUGUGAAAGACCGGCACAACGGCAACAUCAUGUUGGAUAGGGCGGGCCGGUUGGUGCACAUUGACUUCGGCUACAUGUUAGGGAGGACCCCCGGCGGCCUGAAUUUCGAGGACGCGCCCUUCAAGCUGCCGGACGAGUACGUGCGCGUGUUGGGGGGUGUCGGGAGUGAUGCUUGGGUGGCUUUUAGUACAGCGUUGGCGGGUGGCCUGCACGCCUUAGCCGCGGAUUUACACGAAUUGCAGACGACGCUAGCUUUAUUCUUCGGCGACGCGCCCUUCGGCGCCGACGCCGCGCGGAAGCUCGGGGACCGGUUUGCGGAUUUGGAUGGCGACCCGCGGCGGACGGUCGCGGUCGCAACGGAGAUGAUCCGCCAGUCGCACAACUCGGAACGCGCGAAGCAGUACGACUGGUACCAGUGGCGGACGAACGGCAUCGUGCCCUAAGACUUAUCUUUGUGAAUUUAGUUACUAUUGCUCUGCUAGUGGAUCUUGCUGCUAGUGGGUGGCGUGCCCGAGUAGUAAUUGUGACGUGUGUACAUAUUAGUUCUUAAUCGUUAGUGAAGUACCGCCAAAGCCAGGCGAUGAUCGCGAUGGCGGCAACAACCAAGGGCCCCCCGUAUUCGCGGGCGCGGAGCGCCAAUCGCGUGGAGCUCGGCCGGGAGCGGAUCAAGAUCGUGUGCUACCCGCACGACGGCAAGGGCGGGCCCAAGGUCGCGUCGGCGUACAUCGAGCUCGCCUGA